AUGUCCAAACCUGACGUUCCAGAGACGCCAAAGCCCUUGGAAGUCACCAGUCUUGAAAGCCAUCCAGAGGAAAUCGUCCACGACGAGAGAGAACGACGCCUCGAACAAGGAACCAAUAUCUUCGACCGUAUAGGCCUCAAGUUCAACGCCGAAAUCAGAGGAGUGGAGCGGGUCCCCGAAGAUAAAAGAGUCGAUACCAACUGGACCUCACCACUAACCAUGUUUCUUUCACCCAGCAUGUCGAUAGCCGCUUUAAGCACAGGCAUGUUGGGACCCACUUUCUACAACCUCGAUUUCCGUACGUGUGUUUUGGUGAUUGUGUUUUGGUCCAUUAUAGGCUCCAUGGCGGUGGGCUUUUUUGCAACCUUUGGCGCCAGAUUUGGAAUCAGACAGCAGAUUCUAUCACGGUACUUCACCGGAAACGUCAUGGGCAGAAUUUUUGCAUUUUUCAACGUCGUAUCCUGCUGUGGCUGGAACGCCGUGAACAUUCUUCCGUCUGUCCAGAUGCUAGCCUCUAUAGGUCCUCUUCCGCCGUGGGCUGGGUGCAUUAUACUAGUGGUGGUCACUUGUGUAGUGGCCUUGCUCGGGUACAAGGCGAUCCACAUUUACGAGCGGUACUCGUGGAUUCCGAAUUUUGUCAUUUACUUGAUUGUCAUUGCCCGCUUGACCAUGUCGGGAAACUUCACCUGGGGUACUAUGGAAAGUGGGACCCAAACCGCAGGCAAUGUGCUCAACUUUAUCAGUACGGUUUUUGGAUACACGGCUGGAUGGUCGUCGUCUUCGGCUGAUUUCUUCGUUUACAUGCCUUCAGAUACUCCGUCGUGGAAGAUCUUUGGUUGCAUGGUUGUGGGACUUAGUACGCCUUGUAUCUUUACCCUCACACUAGGAGCAGCCUGUGCUAUGGGUACUUUGAGGGACCCCACAUGGAAAGCCGCUUUUGACGACGGAUCCGUAGGCGGGUUGGUCAACAUGAUUUUGAACGUGAACAAUCUCCACGAAUUCGGCCGUUUUUGUAUGGUGGUGCUUGGUCUUUCUUCGAUUGCAAAUAACUUGCCUGGUUCUUAUUCGCUAGCACUAGCAGUUCAGGCUAUUUGGCUGCCAUUAGCCAGAUUUCCCCGUUUGGGCUGGUGCUUGAUUGGGAAUUUCGCCUGUCUAGCCCUAGCCAUCCCGGUGUACUACGUUUUUUCGGAAACCAUCAGCAACUUCUUGAGCAUCAUCGGCUACAACAUCGCCAUAUACCUUGGGAUUUCGCUCACAGAGCAUUUUAUUUAUAGAAGGGGCUUUGGAGGCUACGAUGUGAGUAACUACAACGAUCGGAAGAGCAUUCCUAUAGGGUAUGCUGGUGUGACGGGUUUCCUCUUUGGGGUGGCAUCUACGGUUUUGCUGAUGAACCAGACAUGGUACCAGCUGGUGAUAGCACGGCAGUUUGGAACCGAUGGCGGGGAUCUUCUGUUUGAGUUGAAUGUGGUGUUUGCGUUUGUGGGGUACAACUUGGUACGGCCUUUUGAGAAGAGGUAUUUUGGGCGGUAG